CCCUGCCCCGGCAUGUACUGGAUUGAAAACUGCUCCUUUCGGUUGAGCAGCACGUGUUAUUAUAAACUAAGGACAUUUAUUGCACAAGGACGUCCUGUUUGGAGUCAGUGAAUGGAUUCAGCGUGUUUCACCCACUCUCAGCGCAUUGCUUGCCAUAUCAUGAGCCCGGAUUUAUUUAAAGCCAGCACAGAGGGGACACAAGUUGUCCAGACUACAAAACCGAGCCGAAGUAAAUCAGAACUGGUCCGUCCUGAGCUGGCUCAGAUCGUGACUGAUUCAAAGACGGGGAGAUGUUACUGCAAAGGGAAACUAAUGGGAAAGGGUGGCUUUGCACGCUGCUAUGAAAUGACAGAUAUGGCCAGCAACAAGAUAUAUGCUGUGAAAGUAAUACCACAGAGCAGAGUGGCAAAACCACACCAGAGAGAGAAAAUCACAAAUGAGAUUGAACUCCACAAAACACUUCACCACAGGCAUGUAGUCAAGUUUUCCCAUCACUUCGAAGAUCGUGACAACAUCUACAUUUUCCUGGAGCUUUGCAGUAGAAAGUCACUUGCACAUAUAUGGAAGGCACGGCACACGUUAACGGAUCCAGAAGUGAGAUACUACCUCAAACAGAUCAUAUCAGGAUUGAAAUACCUCCAUAACAGAGGGAUCCUUCACAGGGACCUCAAACUAGGUAACUUUUUUAUAAACGAGAACAUGGAGUUGAAAGUGGGAGACUUCGGAUUAGCUGCCAAACUGGAGCCUGCAGAACAAAGAAAAAAAACAAUCUGUGGUACUCCCAAUUACCUUGCACCAGAAGUACUGAACAGGCAAGGGCAUGGACCGGAGUCAGAUGUGUGGUCACUAGGCUGCGUCAUGUACACGUUGAUGUGUGGGAACCCACCUUUCGAGACGUCGGACCUGAAGGAGACCUACCGGUGCAUAAAGGAGGUGGAUUACGUGCUGCCACACUUCCUCUCCCUUCCUGCUCAAAAGCUGAUCGCAGGGAUCCUGCAGCGAAACCCUUCCAAUAGGCUGACGCUGGAUGAAAUCCUCAGCCAUGAGUUCUUUACAAAGGGCUAUACUCCAGACAAACUGCCUCCAAGUAGCUGUGUAAUGAUACCUGAGCUUAACCCUCCAAGUCCUGCCAAGAAGUUUUUCUCCAAGGUGGCCAAGAGCCUCUUUGGCAAAAAGAAAUCCAAAGCUGAGAAGAGCCCUAGUGAGGAGCGGGAUGACAUCUCAAAGCUGGUGACUGGCAUUGUCAAGACCUCCAUCAGCCGUCAGAUGAGCUACAAGACUGCAGAAGGAAAUGAGGCAACAUCUCCCAAUGGUCAGCUCGCUAGCUCCAGCCCAAGUCCCACCCAGGCUGAGGAAGAGUCCAGGAAGUCUGUAUCUCACUCCCUCAAAGGCACUAUGGCCAGCAGCAGUGAUGCUUGUGAUGAUGGCAUCACUGCAACUGCUGUGUCUGAAUCAGCAAUCAAAGUCCUAAAGAACUGCUUGUCUUCAAUGCCGUCUGCAUUCUGGAACCCACCAUGUCUGCCCAAGCCCAGUCCAUUCGUGUGGGUCACCAAAUGGGUGGAUUAUUCAAACAAGUAUGGGUUUGGCUACCAGCUGUCCAAUCAAAAUAUUGGGGUCCUGUUUAAUGAAGGGACACACUUGAGUCUCUGUGAUCAGCGCAGAACAGUCCACUACUACUUGACAAACAGUAAACACUUCACCUUCCCUGCCACUGCUGUUCCAGAGCAGCUGCGCAGCCAGUUGCAUAUUGUGGAGUAUGUUGCUAACUACAUGGAGCAGAACCUGAUGGAGGGUGGUGACAUCCAGUUUCAGGAAGACAAAGUAUCUUCUUCCCUGCUUCUGCUUCAGUGGGUCAAAACUGACCAUGCUUUGGUAAUGCUCUUCAGCAACGGAACGCUACAGGUCAACUUCUACACUGACCACACCAAGAUCAUCCUGUGCAAGUCUGAAGACUCCUACCUCCUCACCUACAUCAGCAAAGACCGGGUGUCAUUCGCUUACAAGCUGAGCACGCUGGCGGAGCAGGGCUGCUCCUUAGAGAUGCGUCACAGGAUCAAAUAUGCCCUGCAGCUGCUGCAGUACAAAGCUGAUGCAUAAUGAGGGGGGAGAGGAACGGACAGCACAUGGAUUUCCUCGAACCUCAGGGGGGGCCAUGGUCAUCUGCAUUGCUUCUUCUGAGGAGCAAAUGAUGGGACUUCUUUACUGAGAUGUCUCAAUUUCUACGGCUAGUGUCUGGCCUCUUUUGGACUAUGGUGCACAGAAACUGAAAAUCUUAAAAAAACUGAGGGGGGAGGGGGCAGAGUAAACCUUUUAAAUGACUGCAAUAUCACUACUCCCUUUUUACACAUGCGCACAACUUGUUUCUCACCCCCCCCCCCCCCCCCCCCCCAAGCCUUUUUACUGAAGGCGUACACAAAGAGCUGUUACCUGGUUGAGCAGGCUCAGUCAGGAUGGGCGUGUAGGUUCAAACUUUAAUUUUUGUGUGGAAAUCACAUCCCUUUUCAAGCUACUUGAAAAAGAGAAUAAAAAACUUCAGUCACUACUGGCACACAACUAUAUGGGAAGGGAAUACAAUUGUGGUUUUAGAUUUGCACUGUAUUGCUGUUUAUUUUGGGGGAAUUCUUGUGUCACUAAAUGCAGUUCUUAUUUGGUAAUGUAUAGCUGCCACAGUUUUUAUUUGAUAAAACUGUAGAAACCAAAAGUAGGUCAACCCCCCCCCCCCCCCCCCCCCCCCUUGUUUUUAAAAAAAAAAAAAAAAAAAAAAAAAUUAAAAGCUGGAAGGAUAAGCCUGUCGUCUGUGCUCUGAGUUAAUCAAGCUUUACAAGUGAAUGUAAAAAUGCCUUUCAGUGACCAGUCUGGCAUAUGCAAUUACUUUUACUUUGCAUAUUUUGCAAUGGAAACUCAAAAGAAUGUCUGUAUGGGAUGGGAUGAGAUGGGAUGGGAUGGGGGGGGGGGGGGGGGGGGGGAGAGAGAGAGAGAGAGUGUUUCACAGCUUAAAUUGGGCCGUGGCAAAUUCUGUAUCUUUUUUGGAUUUUUCAAAGGAUUUUAUGCCUCUGCAUCUGAACAAGAGGUAUUUUCCUUUUAUUUAAAUGACACCUGUGCAACUGCUACUUGAUUUGGUAAUCUCUGUCCUCAAAUCAGUCAUGUUCUUUUCUUAUCCCUGUGCAGACUGUGACCUUUCAACUUAAGUGUUAAAGUUCCAAAAGUGAAUUUCCUAUAAUGUUAGGAAGGUUGGACAAAGGGACAAUCUCCUUGCCAUUUUGAUGUUGUGUUUUUUUUUAUUUAUUUCUUUUAUUUAUAUAUAUUUUUUCCAGCCACAUCUCUUCCGUUUUUUUUAUGUAGUAAAUUUAUAACUUAUAUCUUUUAUUUAUGAAAUUACUUAUUUAUAUACGUCUUGUGUAAAUGUCAACACCAGGGCAAAAUGUUUUCCUUUAAUUAUGACCAACCUACUUUUUUGUGUGUGUGUUAAAAAUAAAGUUUAUGAAAUCCCUGCA